AUGGCCGACAUCAAGGCUAUUGUAAAGAGUGGAGGGAUGGUGAUCUUUUCACAGAUACAAAGGAAGGCAAGACCCCGACAGCUGUUUGUUCUAAUUUGUAUAUUAAGCUUUAUGUUAUUCUUUAUUCACAUUCUGAACCGAUCAGCACGUGGAAAUACCAAGGUAAUGUGCAGCAUCGUUGAGGCCUUGCGACAUCGUCCCGAGAAAUGUUACAACUGUAACCGUCAUGACUUCCCGCUUCUCAUCAACAGUGAUAAAGUUUGUGCAUUAAAAUCUGGUUCUCCUGUGAUUCAUGUGUUGGUACUUAUAACCAGUAUCCAUAGAAACCGAGCGAAAAGAGACAUGUAUCGGAAAACUUGGCUGACACAUUCCAAAAACAAUACGUCGGAAUUCAGAUAUGCCUUCAUAUUUGGUAACAUUAAUGAUACUGAAGCAAAUGCGGCAUUGUUAGAGGAGAGUAAAAUCUACAAUGAUAUCAUCCAAGAGGAUUUUCAAGAAUCGUAUGUAAAUCUUACUCUAAAAACUAUUAUGGCAUUUAAAUGGGCGUCUACGCAUUGCCCUCAUGCUCAAUUUUUCAUGAAAACAGAUGACGACAUGUAUGUCAAUAUACCUGGUGUCAGAAAGGCUCUCAAUGAUAAUUCUGAACAGCUUAAAACGGCCAUAGGAGGCAAGUGUAUGCAAAUAGAACGCCCUGUGAGAGAUAAGAGUUCGAAAUGGUGUGUUACCUACGAAUAUUAUGGGAGAGAGUAUUACCCUGGCUACUGUGCAGGAACGGGUUAUGUUACAAGUAUGAACAUGGUAAAAGAGGUCUUCAAGGUAUCAAAACAUAUACCAUUUUUCUUCCUGGAAGAUGUGUUUGUUUCAUUAUGUGUUGAAAGGAUUGGUAAAAGUCUUCAUUUGAUAGAAGGAUUUAAUAGUGGGAUGGUGUCUCCUAUCAAUAGUAAAUUAUUCAAAAGUUUAAACUUCAGAACGGCACACCGUGUAUCACCUGAUCUUCUUUUCAAACUUUGGAACGACCAGUGUGUAGGGGAAAAGAUUCAUCCGUAUUUGGAAUUAAAUACAGAAACAAUGUGGACCGAUUGUUAA